UUGCCCGCAUUCAACUCUUCCGGAAACAGCAUAGAAUACUACUAUCACCUACUAAGAGCUGUCGACACUCGUCAAUUACUUCACAUUCAGUAGACUUGACCAAAUUCCUCACUGCACAAGCUCCACAUCGACUCAGACAACAUGGUGAAGCGCAAAUCCGAUCUGGGCGAGCUUCCCGAUGCGCCUCAGGUAUCUGGCAAGGGAAAGCGCAAGAACGAGGAGUCUGACAGCGACGAGGAUAUGGAAGAUCUCGUCAAUGUCGACUUCGAAUGGUUCGAUCCCCAGCCCGCAGUCGACUUCCACGGCCUCAAGAAUCUUCUCCGCCAACUCCUCGACAUCGACGCACAACUCUUCGAUCUUUCCGCUCUCGCCGACCUCAUCCUCUCACAGCCUCUCCUCGGAUCUACCGUCAAGGUUGACGGCAACGAAAGCGACCCCUUCGCAUUCCUUACAGUUCUCAACCUAGAAACACACAAAGACAAACCCGUGAUCCAAGACCUCCGAAACUACCUCGCCAAAAGCUCUUCCACAAACGCCUCACUAGCCCCCAUCAAAGACCUCCUCUCCUCCGACACCCCCGCCCAAAUCGGCCUCAUCCUCACCGACCGCCUCCUCAACAUGCCGCACGAGAUCGUACCGCCAAUGUACAAGAUGCUGCUCGAGGAGAUCCAAUGGGCGCUUGACGAGAAGGAGCCCUACGCCUUCACACACUACCUCAUCCUCUCGAAGACGUACACUGAAAUCGCGUCGGAACUCCCCUCCGGAGACGAGCCGCCGAGCAAGAAGAAGAAGGCUGCCGGGUCGGCGGCGGGAAGCGAGACGUUUUAUUUCCAUCCCGAGGACGAAGUGCUGCAUAAGCAUGCAGUUGGUUGGGGAAGCUACGAUUAUCAGAGUCCGGCGGAUGAGGGCGCAAGCGAUAGUAAGAGGGCGUUCCAGGAGCUGGGGAUCAAGCCCCAGGGCCAUUUGACAUUGAUUGAGGCGGAGAAAUUCAAAGAGGCGGUUGAGGGAUUGAAGGCGUUCUUGACUGGAGAGUAGAUUUGUUGAUACCAAUUGAAUGAGAGUGGCUCGGUUGUAGAAUCUGAAUGUGCUAUGAUAUUAUAUAUAACGAAUGCUUCCACGGUCGAUAGUGCAUGUGGUACGACGUGUGAUGGAG